ACAGGACAGUGCCCUGAUACUGCUGGUAGCACGCAAGUAACAAGCUGUGAUGGGAUAGAAAAGAUUGGUUCAUUUAUUGAAAUAGACUUCAAUAAAAUCAACCGCCCUUGUAUCUGUAUUGUGACACUGCUGUUUGAGGGAGUUCUGAUCGGGACAACAAGGAAAGCACCAACAUGGUGCCCUAACCCAGUAUCAGUGAAUACGACCACUGUUUUGGACUGCAAUGGUGCAUCUGACACAGCCGACGUCAAAAUUAACGACACACUUGUAGUAAAAGCAGAAUACCAACCAGGACAAACUUCAGUGGAGUUUUAUCAAUGCCUGGUACUUAGAGAAAAUGGCGGAGUUGGCGGAAAUUUGAGUGUUGUUUGCGGAAAGCAACAGGUAAUUACAUCAACUACAAAGACAAGUACUAUGCUAUCUGAAAUAAGAUCUUCACCUGAGGUUUCCUCGAUAAAAACAACAUCUACAACAAAGGAUCAGUACACUUAUUCUUUUACGACCCAGUCUACUUCAAGAGUGUCUGGAAUAGACACUUCUGAAGUUUCCUCUAUACAAUCAACCUCUGCAAGAAACAAGAAGGAAACUUACACUAUCGCGACUGUAACCACUAAAUGGAAUCCCGAAAUAGAAUCUUCGUCUGCAGUUUCGAAUUCAUUGAUAAAAUCAACAUCUACGAGCUAUGAAAGAGAUACUGAUUCUGUCACAGAUUCAACUACUUUACCAGUUGUUCCGGAUUCUUUGCUAGAGAAUAUACCAUGUGGUUUACCUUUUCCAUUUCUGAUAGUCAUUCUUGCUGUGAUAUCGUCUGGUUCAGUUUUCUUAAAUAUAUGGUUUAUCAUUCAAAUAUGUUUAAGAAAAGCAAAGGAAACUCGACUGAAGAACGGAAACAUAAAAAUCAAAUCUGAAAAGGAAACGUACAUGGAACUUAAUGAAAGAGUUAAAACUUGUCAUGAGAACCAGUAUGACUCGCUGACAUAUCCCAAUAACUACAUAGAUAUCAGUGCAUUAUGAAUUGAUUGAUCUUUAUAUUAUCAGCAUCUUUUGAUACGUGUUUGAAUAAUCGGCGAUUUUCUGUUUAUGGUCAACAUCAUUAUCUGUCGAAAUUAGGUAAAGGGAAUUGCUUAUAUGUUUGAAAUUGACUUAUUUCUUCCUUUUGUUUCUAAAAGUACACCACAAUGUAUGUAGAUAAGCCUAAAAGAUGUUGUUAUAUGUACGUUACUGACCACAAUUGUAGUAAAAGUAACCCUAUUAUCUUUCUUUUAAAAAAGGAGUACAAUAAACUAAGGCCAGGAAGAAACUUUAACUUUAGAGGUCAUAAUCAUAUAUUAUCAGUCAUAGAGACAAUAUUCCAUAUGCAUUUAAAAAAGCAUAUAUGAACCUUCCUAAAGCAAUCCCAUUCUCUGUGAUAUCAGAGAAAUAUUUAGCAUGCAUCGAUAAAGAUCAAUAAUUCGUUUGCAUCUGUAUCCAGUGUGCAUUUUGCUACAGAGAAUGCAUAAUCCAUUGUCGGAGGUUUGUUAUAUAUUUUCGUUGAUAUAUAUAGAUGUCAUAAUAUAAAAGUUAUUGAUCAUUUCAUGACUGCGUACGCAUCAGCGUCAAACAUUUUGAAUGCAAAAUGACAAAUCGAUAGACCCAUAAAGUUACAAAGAAUACACAAUUCCCUAAUAUUGUUUUUAAAAAGUGUAGUAAAACAGGAAAAUAUUAAUACUUUAUCCAAAGAUACCCUCGAUCCAUUUUGCUCACUUACAUUUACUCGAUAUUUAUGAAUGCAUGUACCUCAGGGUUCAAGCCAUGUUCAUUUAAAAGUAUGAAAUAUUUCCAAAACUUUACGUCUGAAACAACCUUCUAGCUUCUUAGGUUUCAAUACACCGCUAAAAAUAAAAAAAAGUAUACGGGGAUUUUGCAUUCCAAUAGACCCAUAUGAUAACGUCGUCUGAAUGAAAAUGAUGUCAGGAUUUCCCAUUAUAAAGCUCUCUAAAUCCUCUUUAAAAAUUGCUUUCGUUCCUGCGAUUUUUACGAGUUAAAACAAAUAAUGUGUCAAUGACGAUAUCUUGAAUAUUUUCCAUUUCAUCAAUUUCAAAUGAACUUCCUUCACAAGUUUGUGUAUUUAUGUUAAAAAUCGUCCAAAUGUGCUACAGAAGUAUCUGUGAAUAGACUUUAGUAACAACUGUUGCGAACUUAUGGUCGUAUAUAUUUUUGGGAGUUGAUUUUUAUCAACUCUCCAAUGCAGUCACUCUGACAAACCGAAAGUGAAACAGUGUUUGGACCAAAGCACAAAUUAUCGCCGCUGACAAGAAUUAGUUCUUGAGAAUAAUUGAUAAAUUUGAAACAAUGUAACUAUGCUAAAGCAUUGUUUUUCAAGGAAACAUAUUUAUCAAUACCUUGAAAAUAGUCAGAUUUUAAAUGGUACGAACAAUUUGAAUUUUUUUUGUAGUUGUAUGUAUUCUUACGCCAGAGUCCAAUAUAGUCUCGUUCAACUGGACGCUCGGCUGUCUCCGUAAAUCUCCAAACAAGCAGAGAGUAUAUCUUGCUUGUCGGGAAUUAACGGCGAUAGCCGAGCGUUUGGUUGAACGAGACGAGAGUUCAAUAUUGCUUGGAACCAUAAAUUUUCCAGAAAUAUUUCUAUCACUGAUACAUAGUUUGAUUGAAUUUAUUAUAUCUUUAAAUAUUACUUAACAUGAUUCAUAUGGGGUUUUAUUAACAUUCUUGUGUCGAAAAAGUCCGAAAAGUCAUGUUAUAAAAUGUGCGUAAUUCAAAUACAGAUUAGAAACUACCUGUACUUGUCAUGCAAAAUAACAUAUCAUUGAUUUUAAAAUAAAUAAACAUCGAUAAAAUCAACUCCCGUCGGUUCUUCGGUACUUUGAUUUGCCUUUAGUUUAUUGUAGUACAUUAUAUGUUUUUUUUCUUCAGUUUUGGAGAAGUGUUUCUAUCAUAAUUUCAUGUUUAUGGCUGUGUAUCCUUUCCUUUCGUAGACCUUUUAUUCUUUAUUCUUGCACAACAGAUUGCUUGCUAAUGUGUAGUAAAUUAAUUUUAUAUUUACAAUCUUUCCUGUAUUUGAGAUAUGACAUGUUUACAUUUCAACGUGUGCAGAUAUCAUGAUGAAAAAAAAUAAUGUCUUUCAUUUCCAGUUCCUAGUUUGCAUCACAUGUUAUUAUUUGUUUUAAUUUUUCGGCAGAUAUAUGAUUUCUAUAAUGCAUCUUUAUAGUCACAGUUGAGUUAAUGUGUGAAUGUUAGACUAUUACAUUUAUAUAUUUUGUGUUUUCAUGUAUGACAGGAAUUGACAUUUUGUCCUGUUAUAUCAAUUAUUUACUAUCGUUCAAAGGGAAUGAAACUAUGCAUAUAUAGUACAA